AGAGAGAUCUCAAAGCAAUCUAGAGGAGGGAGCAGGCAAUUUUCAGGCUGAUACACACUCUAUGUUUCCACCACACACACACACACACACACACACACACCACAGCAUGGCAGGUGGCCUCUGCCCAGAUCAGUAGCAUGUGGUUGAAGCCAUCUUAACUGACUCUCUGAGGUUUUUGGAGCUGAGGGUUUUUUGGGAUCCUCCCUGCACUGUUGGAGCGUGAGCAGAGUUAGGAGCUUCACUUUCUUUCCCCCAGUGCAGAGAGACAGCACGCCAGGCACGAGGCUAGCCUACUCCUCCCCUCUCUUCCUCCCCUUUCUCCCACUCUGCCUUUUUUUUUUUUUUUUUUUUCUUGCUUUUUUCCUGGGCUACUGUCCAGAGAAUGACUGGCUCCAGUGGACUUCAGAGGAGGAACACAGCCUGAGGAAACAGUACUACAGGAGCUCCAGCCCUUGCCUCAGCCUGCUGGGACAGAGAGGUUUUACAAAUCAGCACCUCCUUUACCUUUGCGAGAUUUCUUUUUUUUUUGUUCUGUCAUCAGAUCACAAGAGGACUGGAUCUAAGCUGGGCGUACAGACAGAAGGACUGACAUAUGGACAGAGCAGUGGGCACUGCGGCGUGAAUGUAGCAACUGGACUUCUCCUCUCCUCUCCCUGGUUACUACAACCAAAACAAGGAUAAUAGUCAGAUCACCUUCCUGUCCACUGAGGUGGUGGGUGGAUGCAGCAUUCAGCAGACUGCUAUAGGGGGAACGCAGAGACUGUAUAGAAGCUGCAGAAAUACAUCACCACAAAAAAAAAAAAAAAAAAAAAGAUUUUUACCUCCAAGCAGACUUUUGCAGAAUUGUUAUAGUUUGCGAAAAACUUGUGGGGUAAGACAGUGGACUUUUCUUUCUUUUUCAUGGACUUUGCUGACCCUUCUUAAGGGGACUUGCAGGAUUUUCUGUUUUAAAUUAAUGUGAAGCGCUCGUCCCAACUACGAUGGAAGAGUGCUUAAGGACUGUGAAUCUGACGCUGAUGCUGCUGUGUCUCAUCCUGCUGGCUACAGCUCACACAGCUCACAGCAUCUACCCAAGGAUACGACUCUCCCACAAAGAGCUUUCACAGCUGAACAGGACCUGGGUGUUCGAGGGACAGGGAGCAGCAGCUCUUCAGCCUCAGACCAUGCUGCUCGACGAAGGCCACGAGAGGCUUUAUGUCGGCUCUAAAAACGCUCUGUUCUCUCUUAGCCUGGACCGGGUUGACGCGCACCACAGCGAGAUCCAGUGGUCCAGUACAGAAUAUCAGAUCGAGGAAUGUUUGAUGAAGGGGAGGGAAAAGCCGGAGUGUGCUAACUACAUCAAGGUCUUGCAACAGUACAACCAGACUCACUUGCUGGUAUGUGGAACGGGAGCCUUCAACCCGAUCUGUGGAUUUGUCACAGUGGGAAACACACAGCAGGACAGGCACUUUGCUCUGGAAGACAACAGUAUUAUAAGUGGAAGAGGACGCUGUCCAUAUGACCCCAACAGCCCCUGCACAUCAACGCUGUCCAGGGGAGAGCUGUAUAUUGGCUUGUACACUGAUUACUGGGAGAACGAUGGAGCUUUGUGUCGACUUAACAACCAGACCUACACGCGCACUGAAAGAGACGACCGGCAACAACUCAAUGAACCUACAUUUGUGGGCUCAGCAGUUAUUCCUGACAACGAUGACAGGGACGAUGACAAAGUUUACUUCUUCUUCACUGAGCGCGUGGCGGAUCCCGAGGGAGCGAACAAAGCUGUGUAUUCACGCGUUGGCCGAGUCUGUGCGAAUGACCAGGGAGGGCAGAGGAUGCUGGUGAAUAGAUGGAGCUCCUUCCUGAAAACACGACUCAUCUGCUCUGUGGCCGGACCAAACGGCAUCGAUACACACUUUGAUGAGCUGGAGGACGUGUUUGUGCUCAAGAACAAGGAGAAGAAAAACCCGGAAAUAUUUGGCCUAUUCAGUACAACCAGCGCGGUGUUUAAAGGCUAUGCAGUGUGUGUUUAUCACAUGGAGGAUAUCAGAGCUGCCUUUAAUGGUCAGUUCGCCUACCGAGAGCGGCCUGAGCACCACUGGACUCCUUAUGAGGACAGAGUCCCCUACCCUCGACCUGGAUCUUGUGCCAGUAAAGUGAACGGAGGAGGCUUCUCCAGCUCGAAGGAGUUUCCCGAUGAGGUUCUGCGAUUCAUACGCUCUCACCCCGUGAUGUAUCGUCCGGUCUUCCCUCAACACCGCAGACCUGUCUUGCUGCAGACAGAGCCGGGUGGGAGGAAGCUCACCCAGAUCGCCGUGGACAGAGUCCAAGCCCAGGAUGGACAUUACCAUGUUCUCUACAUUGGCACUGAUGACUCCAUGGUGUUGAAAAUUAUCACUAUCUACAACAAAGACACAGACACUAUGGAGGAGGUGCUGCUGGAAGAGCUGCAAGUCUUCAAGGUGCCAGUGCCUAUCAAAGAGAUCAUAAUAUCACCUAAAAGGCAACAGUUGUAUGUGGGGUCAGAGGUGGGUGUGGCCCAGGUCAGACUGCAUCAGUGUGACCUCUACGGCUCUGAAUGUGCUGAUUGCUGUCUGGCCAGAGACCCUUACUGUGCCUGGGAUGGUGUCACCUGCUCCAGAUUCUACCCUGCUGGAGUCUUCACCAAGAGUAGACGUUUCAGGCGGCAGGAUAUUCGCCAUGGCAACGCCGUCCAGCUGUGUAAUGGGCUGCAAAUUGACAAUGAACAAUGGCAGAGAGCAGAGGAGAGGUUUGUUUACGGUGUGGAGAACAACAGCACUUUACUGGAGUGUGUCCCCCGAUCACUUCAAGCCAAGGUCCUCUGGUUCUUACAGAGAGGGGAAGAAAAACACGAGGUUCGAGGUGACGAGCGGGUAAUCGUGACUUCCCACGGGCUGCUGUUUUUGCGAGUGAGAAGCUCUGACGCUGGUGUGUACGUGUGCCAGACCGUCGAACAUGGUUAUGUGCACACAUUAUUACGCACCACUCUGCACGUGCUCAGAGGAGAGAGGGUGGAGUCGGCGAUACACAGAGCGAACGACGGGGAGGGAGAGAAAGCCGCAGCUCUGUGCCAGUCCUUCACUGGCCCUCCUCCCGGCCCCAGCGUCAGCCCCAGGGUCCUCCUGGUCCCCUCCUCGGGCCCGGGCCCCAACUCCAGGCUGUGGUACAAGGAGUUCCUCCAGCUGAUUGGCUACGGGGACGCCCAAAGAGUGGAGGCGUACUGCGAGAGAGUGUGGUGCUCGGAUAAAAAACGCAAAAAGACCAAAAAGAAGUACGCUCCUCCUGCCGGUGAGAAAAGAGGGAAGGGGAGGAGGGAGGAGAACUCCCACCGAGCACCCAGGCACACCUCGGACACCUGAGGAGCACACGCUGACUGCACAUAUACACACAUGCACGCACACAUAAGAGUCUAAAGGUCAGAUUCACUCAGUGUUUGCACCAUGUAAAAAAAAAAAAAAGGUUUCACUUUGCUUUAAAACAAGUGCAGUAACAGUAGAGCAACAGUAGCAGGCUGUCCUGCUAUUAUACCUCCAUUUAUCACUCUCUAGUUAGUAUUUUACAAAGCGGUGUUUUGCCUUUUUUUGUGUGGUGUAAACUGAUUAUCUGGUGCAGACACUGUGUAAGCACUUAAAAUGUCAGUGUCAGCGCAGAGCAGAGCAGAGCAGAGGCCUUAGUAGGAGAUGGACGACUGAUUAAGCGACGUCGCCUCUGAUCUGAAGAGACAGAAUACAACAAAUCAGCUCCUGUGGACUGACCCAGUCUGACUCUGGUGUCAAUCAAAACGCACACACAGAGACAGCUACCCUACACCUCUGCUCCUACUCUCAUUCCUUGACUCAACAUGACAAAAUCUACAUAUAUAUAUAUAUAUAUAAAUAUCUACUAUGAGAGAAUAACAACAUGUUAAAGAAAAGACCCUCCAAGCUCUUUUGGUACUAUAACUUAUUUUCUAUGUCUCUACUUUGAGUUCUGUUGCUGUUUAGAUGUCGUAAACUGGAAAAAGUAGUGCAGUUGUUGUUUUUUUUGUACAGUUAAAAUAAGCCGUGAGCUGUGUGAUACUGCUAACUGUAUAAUGUGGAAACGUAGGGUUACAUUGGCCACAAUGCAUUCAUUUAGAUGUUGCAAUGCCACUAUAAUGGAUUAUAUGAGGCUUCUUUUCAUUAUAUUUGGGCCCUCAAUGGAAAUAAAUGCUACUUUGGAGCUUGUUAAAACAGUUAAGAGUAGAUGAAAAGUGCUCCUUUAAAGGCUUAAAGAGCCCAUAUUAUGCCCUUUUUGGGGUUCCUAUAUUUAAUCUAUGUACCUACUAAAGUAUGUUCACAAUAGCUGAAGUUAUAAAAAAGUGUCUGUUUUCAUGUCCUGCCGCUCCGUGCACCGGCUCGCUUCUGACUCUCUCUCUAAGGCUCUGAAGUGCCCACGUUCAGAGUCCCCACGUGUGCCAAGUCUGAUCUGAUUGGUCGGCCUGUCUGCUCUGCCGUAAUUGGUCAGUCGCUCAGCCACUCUGGCUCCGAGGGCCGGGGAGCAAAAACAUUAGCACCUUAGCACUACUGUGCUACCGCAGGCUACGGCAUAUCGUGGGCGUGCCACAGAAGUUAACGGGCGUGCAACAUGAGCUGCUGGGCUUGCCACAACGAGCCAAUGGGCUUAGAUCAGUGAUAUCACACUGACAAGACAUCACACUGGCAAAUUUUUAUCGAGGGGGGCUAGAACCGAUCGUUACAUGCAGCUAAUGCUACAGCUAACAGGAGGACGUAGGAGAAGCCGCGUUUCCGCGGACUUUGAAUUUUUGCAAAUAGAUGUGUCUAAACAUGCACAGGACAUUUGGAAAACACACUAAAGAGUAUAUAAAACCAGAAAAAGCAGAAUAUGGGCCCUUUAAUAUGCGAUUUUUCACACUUAAAUAUAAUAUAAAUCAAGUAUAUCCUCUGAAAAUAACUCUGUGAGUCAUGACUGUCUACAAUGGGUGUAACACCCGAGUCCCACUGUCUGUGAUGUUUUCAGAGUUUUCAGAGUCCUAUCUUCAGUUUGUUUACAUCGCCGGGACGGCCGGCUGACUCCUCCCCUCGUGUAUAAAAGUUGUUUAAUUGAGGGACUAGAGAAAAGAAGAAUAACAUACUGUACUCACUGCUUAACUGCGUUUCUAGAUCACGCUCAUUUCAGGUAAAUUUACAUGCAGUGUGAAGAUACGAGCACAAUAAAGAUCGCUAGCAUUAGCAUGCUAACACAACAAUGCACCGCGAGUUGUUUUGGUUUCAUGCUGGUGCUCAAGGGCGACAUCUGCUGGAUCAAAAAAAAUCGCAUAUAAAGCCUUUAAGAUGUUGCAAUGCCACUAUAAUGGAUUAUAUGAGUCUUGUUUUCAUUAUAUUUGGGCCCUCAAUGGAAAUAAAUGCUACUUUGGAGCUUGUUAAAACAGUUAAGAGUCGAUGAAAAGUGCUCCUUUAAGUGGUUAUUGUUGUCAUUGUAAGUGUCUACAUUUACAUACAGUUGUGAUCAAACGUACCAGCAGUGUUGUGUGUAAUGUAUAUUUUAUUUAUGUAAAAGUGAGGGUGGUCGUUUGAUGCCAAUAUGGAAAAUAUAACUGUCUUUUCAAAAAAGUGACUUGUCUCUGAUGUCCCCCCCCCACCCCAUUUCCCCUCUUUCCUGUCUCCUCUCUCUCUCUCGCUUCCUCUGUUUCUCACCCUUAAUUUAUCUCCCUUCUGUUCGACUGUAACAAUGUUCGCAAAUGGACUUUAUAAUUAACAUCACACGCAGCACAUUUCCUUCAGAUGAAAAGGAGGAAGAGAUGUUGGGUCGACCAUCCGAGCGUGUCGUCAGCAAAACAAACAAUGAGCAUCCAGCUGAGAUCACAACAGAGCGAGAGAUGUUCUUCUUCAUCCAUACUGUGCCUUAUUUAACCACUAAGUCAAAAUGUAUAGUUUUGACUUUUGCUGUCUUUUGCUGAAUCAUAAUGUGAGAAUAACAAACAAACAAACAAACAUAAAUAAUGGUCUCUGCCGCUCAUCACUCUCCUUGAAUAUCCUCCAACUAAGCUUAAGAUUGAGAAUGUUGUGUCUGCUAUACCCUUUAUAAAUAACUGCCAUUAAAAAAAAGAUGGGCCAUCUUUC